UGACAGUCUGUCCACUGGGAGAGGUGCAGAGCGGGGUGACAGUCUGUCCACUGGGAGAGGUGCAGAGCGGGGUGACAGUCUGUCCACUGGGAGAGGUGCAGAGCGGGGUGACAGUCUGUCCACUGGGAGAGGUGCAGAGCGGGGUGACAGUCUGUCCACUGGGAGAGGUGCAGAGCAGGGUGACAGCAUAAUCUUGGGGAAAGACACAGAGGGGGAUAGUGUAUUUAUGGGAGGAUACUCUGGGCAGGGUGAUACUAUAAACAUGGCAGGAGAGGGAGAUAAUUGUGGCACUCUGCCCAGGCGGGUAGAAACUGAGAUAAAUGAGUAUAAAGAUGUACAUAGGGACAUACAUCCAGCAGAGUCCAGUGAUAAUAAGCCAGAGAAAGCAGAGUUUAUAAAAAUUGAGAAGCAAUCUGCUAUAACAGAGGAAAAAAGUAUGUCCACAUCAGGCUGUUCUUCUGAAAAAUCUGACUUUCAAGAUAGCACCGAGGGAGAGGAGGAGGAGGAUACACAAUCUGAAAACUUAUGCAUGAGAGAAUAUGUUGUGAUACGUGAUUAUAUGGCAGCAGAUGCCACACAGCUCAGCCUGUGUUUUGGAGACAAGGUUCUGCUCCUUAGUGCAGUGACACAAGACUGGUGGUGGGUUAAGCAUAAUGGCAUCUGUGGUUAUGUCCCAGCAAGUUAUUUGCAUGAUGCUUUAAACGACCAGGAAGAUACAGAAGUGGAUGACCCAUGGCAGGAUGAAGAGUAUUACGGUAGUUAUAAAACCUUGAAGCUGCAUUUGGAAAUGUUGUCUGAUGUUCCUCGUACAACAGCCUAUAAAGAGGUUAUACUGAGGAACAGUUCAUCUCUGUGUGGCAAGCAUAUCCUCGACCUGGGAUGUGGCACUGGAAUCAUAAGCUUUUUCUGUGCUAAGUUAGCACAGCCAGAGGCCGUUUAUGCAGUAGAAGCCAGCGAGAUUGCAGAGCAAACACGCAGACUGGUAAAGCAGAAUGGAAUAUCAAACCUUGUGCAUGUCAUCAGGCAGCGAGCAGAAGAACUGCAGCUACCCACAAAGGUGGACAUUCUUGUGUCGGAGUGGAUGGGAACCUGUUUACUGUUUGAAUUUAUGUUGGAGUCAGUCCUUCAAGCUCGUGACCGGUGGCUGAAAGAGGAUGGAGUGAUGUGGCCAAGCACAGCCUGCAUUCACUUGGUGCCAUGUAGCGCUUCUAAGGAGUAUGCAAACAAAGUUCUAUUUUGGGACAAUCCAUAUCAACUGGAUUUCAGCCUUUUAAAGCCUCUUGCAGCAAAAGAGUUUUUUGCCAGACCCAAGCCUGAUUACGUGCUGCAGCCAGAGGAUUGUUUGUCUGAGCCUUGCAUCCUUUUACAUCUAAAUCUGAAGACACUACAGCUUGCUGAGCUAGAGAGAAUGAACAGUGAUUUCACAUUCUUCGUACACACCGAUGGCCUGCUGCAUGGAUUUACAGCCUGGUUUAGUGUUCAGUUUCAAAAUCUAGAGGAGCAGGGGCAGCUGGAACUUAACACUGGUCCUUUUAGUCCGCUCACUCACUGGAAGCACACACUCUUCAUGCUUGAUGAGCCACUCCAGGUUCAGAAAGGAGACAAGAUAAGUGGCUCUGUAGUGUUUCAAAGGAAUUCGGUUUGGAGGCGGCAUAUGUCUGUGACACUGAGCUGGGUCAUCAAUGGAAAACUAACGAUGCAAAACGUGAGUCAACAAUGGCAAGCUAUACUUGCUUAACUACAUAUGCAGAAGCAGCAUUUGGCACUUAUAAACCAUUCGCCCAUCAUCAUAUAUGUAGUCCGUCCUUUGAACAGGAGAUGGGGUAACAAAGUGUGAGUUCUUAGGCUUGUAAGUCACGCAUCCCAUGGAGCUAAUGAUACUUUCUAUUCACAUACCUCCCAGACAGCAGACAGGACAGAGGCUGAGCAGCACAUGAGUAGCAAGGAGCUGCUUGUGGUUACAAAGCUUGUAGCUGCAGGCAUGAGACUAAGGGGCGAUUUAUCAAAGUUUGAGUUUGAUUUUUCUUGUUUUAACAAGUAAAGGCUUUUUUUUUGCGCUAAAAAACUUAAAUUCAAAUUAUUUUUAAAAAUUUAGUUAGCGAAAAAAAAAAUCCAAAAACUCAAAUGUAAAAAUUUGCCAUCUAAAAGCUUGCGAGUUUCGAAACAAGUCCAAUGGGAGUUGUCCUAGGCAACGUCAAGCCGCAUUCAAUAUGCAAGUUUAUUCAAUUUAUAUAAACUUGAAUUCACGAGCUCGAAAAUUGAUAAAAAAGCCCAUAAAUGUACUUUGUCAUUAAUUAUGUGUGUGUCUUUAUUAGGUUGGUUGCAAGGUGUUUCCAAUCUGGAGAUGAAGCAUUUCCUGCAGUGGUGAUGGUACUUGGUCUUACAAUGUCUGGUCUCCGUAGGCUAAAAAACCAAUACAGUUGGGCAGUAAUAGCUUUCAUUUCUAAAAACUACAUGUUUGUCUCUUGGGAAAAGGAAUAAUAAUGCAGAUGGCCUUAAAACCCUACCUCAUAAGACAGAGGUUUUGUGCCUUUCUAAGUGAACACAAUCAACAUGCAACAGGAAGAAAUUUUAAAAUAUUUAAUGUGCUUUUUAUCUUUUUUUUUUUUUGUAAUUUCCCAGGUAACUGUUGGGCUCCAGAGUGCUAAAUGCAUUUUUU